GAAGCUCCACCUCGCUCUCUCAGGCUUUGUACCCAGAGCUGAUCCCACGCCGCCGCUGACUUCCAGAACUCAGGGGCCGUUAAACAUCAGAAAAUGGCUCUCCACGUCCCCAAAGCACCGGGCUUUGCCCAAAUGUUGAAGGAUGGCGCCAAGCACUACUCUGGGCUUGAAGAGGCUGUCUACCGUAACAUCAAAGCCUGUAAGGAACUGUCUCAGACCACUCGCACCGCCUAUGGGCCCAAUGGUAUGAACAAAAUGGUCAUCAACCACUUGGAGAAGCUGUUUGUCACCAAUGACGCAGCAACGAUUCUUAGAGAGCUUGAGGUGCAACAUCCAGCAGCCAAAAUGAUUGUGAUGGCAUCACACAUGCAAGAGCAAGAGGUCGGGGACGGCACUAACUUUGUGCUGGUGUUUGCCGGAGCUCUGCUGGACCUGGCUGAAGAGCUGCUCAGGAUGGGCCUGUCCGUGUCCGAGGUGAUUGAAGGCUAUGAGAUGGCGUGCAAGAAGGCGCUGGAGAUCCUCCCAGAAUGCGUAUGCUCCUCAGCCAAAGACCUCCACGAUGUGAAGGAGGCCACGUCACUGAUCCGUACAGCAGUCAUGAGCAAACAGUACGGCAAUGAAGACUUCCUCGGCGGCCUCAUCGCUGAUGCCUGCGUGUCCAUCUUCACAGAGACCGGCAAUUUCAAUGUUGAUUGCGUCAGAGUCUGCAAGAUUUUGGGUUGUGGAGUGACGGCGUCCACCAUGCUACAUGGCAUGGUUUUCAAGAAGGAGGCGGAGGGAGAUGUGACAUCUGUCAAAGAUGCAAAGAUUGCUGUCUACUCCUGUCCCUUUGACUCCAUGGUGACAGAGACCAAGGGCACCGUGCUGAUCAACAGUGCUAAGGAGCUCAUGGACUUCAGUAAGGGAGAGGAGGAUAUGAUGGAGGAGCAGGUGAAGGCCAUCAAGGCCUCUGGUGCCAACCUAGUGGUCACUGGAGGGAAGGUGGCCGACAUGGCGCUGCACUAUGCCAACAAGUACAAGCUCAUGGUGGUGAGGCUUAAUUCCAAAUGGGACCUCAGGAGGUUAUGCAAGACUGUGGGAGCUAUUGCACUGCCCAGGCUGAUCCCUCCAACCCCCGAGGAGAUGGGUCACUGUGAAAAUGUGUACCUGAACGAGGUGGGCGACACGCAGGUGGUGGUCUUCAAACAUGAGAAAGAAGAAUGUGCCAUCUCAACAGUGGUGAUCAGAGGCUCCACUGACAACCUGCUGGACGACAUUGAGAGGGCCGUAGAUGAUGGAGUGAACACCUUCAAGGUUCUGGUCAGGGACAAGCGACUGCUACCCGGAGCAGGAGCAACUGAGAUCGAACUGGCCAAGCAGCUCACUUCAUAUGGAGAGUCCUGCCCUGGUCUGGAGCAGUACUCCAUUAAGAAGUUUGGUGAAGCCUUCGAGACGCUGCCCCGUGCACUGGCUGAGAACUCCGGUGUGAAGGGGAGCGAGCUCAUCUCCAAGUUGUACGCUGCACAUCACGAGGGAAACAAAAACAUGGGCUUUGACAUUGAGGGAGAAGGCCCCGCAAUCAAGGACAUGCUGGAAGCCGGCAUCCUGGAGCCUUACCUGGUCAAAUACUGGGGCAUCAAACUGGCCACCAACGCUGCCAUAACAGUACUGAGAGUUGACCAGAUCAUCAUGGCAAAGGCUGCAGGGGGACCCAAGGCUCCCAAGCAGAGCGGCCAUUGGGACAAGGACGAUUGGGACGAGGCACCAGAGAAUUUUGAAACUCACCAUUAAAGGGUGCACACACACGCCCUCUGUCAGUAGGUCCUGGAAUGCGUGUGCGAUUUUUGACUUGGAAAAACUCACACGGAUGCCCUCAAUCUCUCACAGGCCACUGAAGCUGUGAAACGUUUGUCACUGCUAAGCCACUUCAGUUCACGUGUGUUUUUUUUAUUAAUACAAAGCGUGUCACCGACGGCAAACUAAACCUGCACCGAGUGGAUACAGUGUGGUGUGUUGGCAUGCUGCAUGCACUAAUGAACACUUUUCCUUACAGUGAACGUCCUCAGGCUGCAUGUGAAAUUGAAGAGAGCAUGUUAAUAAGAUGUAAUGUGGCGCUCCGGAGUCUGAGGUGGCCUUUUGUUCCAAAGGGCAUCCUCCCAAGCAGAUAUACUCCCAUCACAAUGAAGGCAUUCUACUUCAUUAAUAAUCUGUACUGUUUGGAUCGCAGUCCAUGUCUCGAGAUACCAGUAGAAUCUGAGAUUAUUAAAACCACAUUCAUCUUCCUUGAUGAGAGUAUUUCUUAUUUAUAAACUAUCGUCCCUCUACCAGAGCUUCCACUGCCUGUCCCCUGCUUUCUUACUGAGGAGCUUUAAAGCUGCUCUGGUUACAUUGAAGGCCUCAGUGGUGUUUCCAUCCAUUUUUUUCAGCAUCAAUGAAAAUGAAGGUUGUUCUUGGAUUCAUAACUUUGUCAUAGAUUUUUCUAAUAUAUACUGAAAGUGCUGUUAGUUCAUCACUGAAUAUAGCCGUCCGAUCGCCCCUUUUUUACCCCCUGUAAAUACUUGAAUUGCCUGUGCUGCAUAAUUUUUCCUUGUGUAGCAAAUUCUCAUAUGUGCUCAUGAAUAUUUCAUCGCCAUCAAUAGUCUUUAAUGGAAUCUCCAGGGGCUUUAAUCACCUAUUUUACUUUUAAAUAUUGUGAAUGCCUUUUUUUUUUCUUUUUUUUUGUGUGCAAACAUUUUCUAAUCAAAUGAAAAACUCAUCCGUCAUAUUAGCUAAACUGAGUCAUUGAUGUCUACAAAUAACACUUGAUGCUACCUUCUGUUUGACAAGUUUGUUUUAAAAUGUCCGUCUGUUUCCUCAGAGCCCGCAGCCUGCUGCUUGUAUCUUAGUGCUUAGCCAGGAGGGAUCGACUGACUGCUGUGUUGUCUC